GCUACCGCGGCAGGACAAUGAAUCGAUAGCUGAUGUCAUCGCUCGUGUUGUGUACAGCUGCUUCAGAGCCCAUAAGGGCAAAAACGGCGUGUGGUUGCACUCUUAUUUCGGUUAUUAAUAGCUGGUGAUGUUGAGAAAGUAGGUCGGGCUGGCAUAUAGUUCCUCGGAAUCAGGGUCUGUCUCAAACAGUGAAGGAAACAGCUCGUAGCAGUAGUAAGUGAAAUGUCUUCGUUGGAGUCAUGCGUAGUAGGCUAGCUAGCUGUCGACCUAACUGGCUAGCAAGCUAUCAGGAGGUUCUUGUGUGUAACGAGAAGAAUGCAACGUUUUUUUUGUCGUACCGGUAAAUGAGACGAAAGCACAAAAGGCUGUGAGUGCUAAAACUGUUUAUUUGCGAGAUAAAAGUUUAAGUUAGACAGUGUUUUAGUCUGUUUAUUAACGGCUAGCUCGCUAGCUAGCAGCGCAGAAGCCCGACCUGUCCAUACAUGUACAUGCUGUUGGACUCCUGUAGUCGCCAGCGCUAUAACGCGAGUUCUGCUUGUUUUUAAAGAGAGAGACAGAGAGAGGAAUAGAAGUGAGUGAAUGAUAGAGAUUAAAGGAAGAGUCGUGCUGGAGCGUGGGUCACUCAGGACGGGAUAAUGCAGUAGCUGUGAGGGAGCUCCACUUCCGGCUUCAGUGCUGCAUGUGCUGCAUGUAGAUGAUGCGGAUGCACUGGCUCAUUACUGUCAUUAACCGAAGAAUUAUGAAACUCCUCGUCGCCCUCGGGCUCAUCGCAUACAUCGCCUCUGUCUGGGGAACCUACACCAACAUGAGGUCGAUUCAGGAGCAUAGUGAGCUGAAGAUUGAGCAGAGGAUAGAUGAGGCUGUUGCACCUUUGAGAGAGAAGAUUCGGGAUCUUGAGCUCAGUUUAACACAAAAGUAUCCACCUGUGAAGUUUCUCUCUGAGAAGGAUCGCAAGAGGAUUUUGAUCACUGGUGGUGCAGGCUUUGUGGGCUCCCACCUGACUGAUAAACUGAUGAUGGACGGUCAUGAAGUGACUGUGGUCGAUAACUUUUUUACCGGCCGCAAGCGUAAUGUAGAGCACUGGAUUGGCCAUGAGAACUUCGAGCUCAUCAACCAUGAUGUGGUGGAACCGCUCUAUAUUGAAGUGGAUCAGAUCUAUCACUUGGCCUCUCCUGCAUCACCUCCCAAUUACAUGUAUAAUCCCAUCAAAACCCUAAAAACCAACACUAUUGGCACUCUUAAUAUGCUUGGUCUGGCGAAGCGUGUGGGUGCUCGACUACUUCUUGCAUCCACGUCAGAGGUUUAUGGAGAUCCAGAGGUGCAUCCUCAGAAUGAAGACUAUUGGGGUCAUGUGAACCCGAUCGGCCCGAGGGCUUGUUAUGAUGAAGGGAAGCGCGUGGCUGAAACUAUGUGUUAUGCAUACAUGAAACAGGAGGGGGUAGAGGUGCGAGUAGCACGGAUCUUCAACACAUUCGGUUCUCGGAUGCAUAUGAAUGAUGGCCGGGUGGUUAGUAACUUCAUCUUGCAGGCUUUACAGGGGGAGCCCCUGACGGUUUAUGGUUCAGGAUCUCAGACCAGAGCAUUUCAGUAUGUCAGUGAUCUUGUGAAUGGUCUUGUGGCCCUGAUGAACAGUAACGUCAGCAGUCCUGUUAACCUGGGAAAUCCUGAGGAACAUACCAUAUUGGAAUUUGCUCAGAUGAUUAAAAGCCUAGUUGUGAGUCGCAGUCAUAUCCAGUUCCUUCCAGAAGCACAGGAUGACCCUCAGAGACGGCGGCCAGACAUCCGCAAGGCAAAAAUGCUGCUUGGAUGGGAGCCUGUGGUGCCAUUGGAGGAGGGACUGAACAAAACUAUUCAGUAUUUCAGCAAGGAGCUGGAGCAUCAAGCCAAUAAUCAAUAUAUUCCCAAACCCAAGGCUGCCCGUAUGAAGAAAGGCAGACCAAGACACAACUAGAGAACAGGCUUUCUCUCAGGGAUGCUGGGACAUGUGGCCUCUAGCAGCCAUUUUACACUGAGGUAUUUUUCCCCCAUAAACCGGGUGAUUUGGUAUUCUUAUUUCCCUGAGUUUUUUGGAAAAGCAGCUCUAGCGAGAACUGCCUCUUUUGUGUUUGCUUUUCAAACGUGUGCCUCAGAAAAAGAAAAGAGAAAACCCAGACGCUAAAUACCACGUCUUGCACUUUGGAUUUUGUCAAUUGCCUAUUAUUUAAGAAAAUGUUGAAAAACUCCUCUUCGUGCUUUGUGCAUUUAUGCCAUGCAGUUUUGUUUGAUGUGAUCAUUUUUUACUAAUGUCUUUGUUUCAGUGUUGAGAUUUAUUAUGGAGCGUAGUGAUAUCCACUUUAUUUAUCUUGAAUGUGCUGCAGUGGGACAUCUGGCGCUAUUCUGAAGAAAAAAAGAAAACUAUGUGAAACGUGUUUCUGCUUUUUUAUGUAAUUUUGAGCCAAGUCUACUGUUGCCAUUGUCACACUUCAAAGAGAACUCUUAUGCUUUUUCUGAUUUCAGGUGAAAAAGGCUAUUUUAAUAAAAUAUUUACACUGUU